UGUUGUUGACGUCAGCGGCGCGUCAGAAUCACCUGUGUGGGGGCGGGGCGAGGUGUUUGUCUUCCUGUCAGAGAGCAGGUGAGACACACCUGAGGAGGUACAUCGGAGCUGAGCGUCUUUUCCUCCUCGCGCGUAGACUGACCGCAGACGGACAUGUCCACGCGCUCCUCUUCCUCCCCCCUCCUCCUCCUCGUUUUCGCGCUCUUGCGGUCCGGGGGGGCAGUGGACCCGCACUGUGAGGACGAGUUCCGGCGCGGGCACGAGGACUUCGUGCUGUACGCGGAGGACGCGGUGAAGCAGGGCGCGGUCAUGUUGGCCACCGCGAGCUUCUACUCCGAGCUCGAGUGCGAGCGCGCGUGUUGCGGGAAAGUGCACUGCAACCUGGCGUUGCUGGAGCCGAGCGUCCCCGGAGAGGAGAACCGCACGUGCGUGCUGUUCAACUGCGUGAGUAGGAAUCGGUUCGCGUGCAGGUUCGUGACCCAGAGCGGGUACAAGAGCUACGUCAGAGACGCCGUGUACCGGAAGUACCUGGCAGCCCCCCAGAAAGAAGGUAAGAAGCAUCCGCCCGUCGCCAACGCAGGCCGUGAUGUCACCAUUCAGCCUGGAGAGACUGUGAUGCUCAACGGCACUGAGAGUGUGGCGCUUAGCGGCGCAAAAAUUAAAGACUACCGCUGGAGUCUGGAGAGAGGAGACAGCAGUGUAAAGAUAGAGGAGACCAAUUAUCCUGACCAGGUGCAGCUCUCCAACCUGCAGACAGGCUCGUAUGUCUUCAAGCUGACGGUCAACGACUCCAACGGCAAAUCAGAUGAUGCCAAGGUCACAGUCCUCGUUCUUAACCCACAACAGACCAGCUCAUACUGUCAGGCUCCGGUGAAGGUCGGGCCGUGCCGCGCAAAAUUUACUCGCUGGCGUUACAACAUCACAAAGGGCGUCUGUGAGAUGUUUGUGUUCGGAGGCUGUAUAGGAAACGAGAACAACUUCCUGUCUGAACAAGAGUGUCUGUCUGCCUGCAGAGGAGUCACAGUGUCAUCGCAGAGGAGUGUUACUCUGCCCGCUGCAGAGGUGUGCAGCUCGCCGUGCGGUCCUGAUCAGCUAACCUGUGGCAACGGCUGCUGCCUGGACAGAAGUAUGGAGUGUGACAACGUGAAGCAGUGCAGCGACGGAUCAGACGAGAGCCAGUGCCACCAACUGAAUCAGACCUUGAGCCUUCUUCUGGACAUUGAUGUGAACAAGAAGAAAGCUCAGUGCACGGAGCCUCCCCGCACCGGUCCGUGCCGGGCCAAAUUCCCCGGCUGGUACUAUGACCCCCUGGACCAGAAGUGUCACGAGUUCACCUACGGUGGCUGUGACGGGAACGAAAACAACUUUCCAGACGAUCAGACAUGCAGAGAGUACUGCAAAGAAGUCGGCGAGAACGAUGUGUUCGCCAGAGGUUUGUUUGAGCGCUUCGACAAGGAAGUAGACGACGACUCAAGUUCCAUCACGCUCGCCGUGAUCCUGUCGGUGGCCAUCUUGUCUCUGCUGGCCAUCCUGGCCUACUGCUUCCUGAGGGCCCGCAAGAGGCGCACACACAGGCCCGUCAACACGGGCCCCACCCACGAAGCACUGUCCAAGGAGGAGACGUCUGUUUAUAACAGCACCACCAAGCCCAUGUGACGUCAGCCGUGCCGUUACCGUGACGAUCGGCUGCCUUGUUUUGAUUUAAGUGUCCUUUAAAUGUAUUUCUCAGCUGUUUUCAUGAUUGAUUAUUGGGGACGCUCGAGUUCUGUGGUGAUGUCAGUUUCCUGUCCGCGGCGUCUUUACUGCUCUUUGUGUUUCAGUAUUUAUGAAUUCAGCGUCUGGGUCUCAGGUUUUAUUAGUUUUCAUGUAAAUACCAAGUUGGUCUCAGGUUUUUAACUUCUGCUCUUAUAAAGUUUUAAUAAAAGUUUGAAAGUAGUAAUAAAGUUUGGACAUAA